GUAUCAAAUUAUUUUAAAAGUAAAUUCUUUCUUUGCAAGAAGUGCAAAAUGAAGUUGUGCAUUUUACUUGUUUUAGGAGUGAUUGUAUGCAAUUUAUGUGCCAUCAAUGGCUUUAGAAUGAAAAGACAGAUAGAUGACUUUUGCGGUUUGCCUGUAAAACUUCGAAGUACUAUAUGGAAUUGUAUCGAGUCGCAACUUUCCUUUAAGGAUAGGCAAACGUAUUCAGGUAUUGCCCUGUGUUUUAAUGAAGCUAACUUUGUUGACGUCAUGAAUAGAAUGUGUGGCAAAACAGAAGAUGAGAUUGAUGCAAUGGCAGCACUGCAUGAAGAUUGUUUGGAAGAGCUGGACAUGGAUGAUGAAUCAAAUGAAAUCGAUGCGGACGAAGAAGAGGUAGCGAAUUGUGUUAUGAAUAAUAUGUGAAUAAAAAACAUUGACAUGCACGAUUCGCCGCUGUAUAGUUUAUCCAAUGUUGAGCCAUCUAUUAAUUUUCAUUAAAUGUGCAUAAUUAAUCCUUGUAAACUUUAAUAAUUUGUUUUUAAAUUUAAUAAUAUUUGCUUGUAAUAAAUUAGAAAAUUUUAAAUAAACAGUUUUGCAU